CUAUACUCUAUAGACACAUCUAACAUAUCUAAAACAGCUGAAAAAGUUUGUCAAAUGUUAGAUGAAGUUGUCGAUAGGGUUGGAGAGGAGAAUGUUGUGCAAUUGGUGACUGACAAUGCUGCUAACUACAAACUAGCUGGAGAGAUGUUGAUGCAGAAGAGAAAGUGCCUGUUUUGGACUCCAUGUGCUGCCCAUUGCUUGGAUUUGAUACUUGAGGAUUUUGAAAAAAAGAUUAAGGACCAUAAGUACACAAUUGCAAAGGGGAAGAAGAUUACAACGUUCAUAUAUUCUAGAGCUAUGCUUUUAAAUUGGUUGAGGGAUUUCACUAAAGGGAGGGAAUUGAUUAGACCUGCUGCCACUAGAUUUGCAACAUCAUAUUUGACAUUGUCAUGCCUUAAUGAGUUCAAAGGAGAAUUGAUGGCAAUGUUUUCUUCUGAACAAUGGAGGUGUAGUAAAUUUGCAAAAACAAAAGAAGGGAAAAGAAUUCAUGCCAUAGUUAUGGAUAACAAUGGCUUUUGGCGACUUGUUGUCAAAUGCUUGAAGGCCGCAAUACCCCUUUUAAAGGUGCUUCGCCUGGUUGAUUCUGAUACACCUCCAAUGGGAUUCAUUUAUCAAGAAAUGGAAAAAGCAAAAGAAGAAAUACAGAAAAAUUUCAAUAAUGUUCAAAAGAGUUACAAAGAGAUAUGGGAUAUUAUUGAUGAUCGAUGGGAAGUGCAACUUCAUAGGCCUUUGCAUGCUGCGGGAUACUAUUUGAACCCUUCUAUUCAUUAUGAUCCUUCUUUUGAUCCGGGUUCAGAUAUUAAAUUAGGACUAUAUACGUGUCUUCAACGAAUGGUUCCAGAAGUUAGUGAUAGGAAAAAGAUAGAUAUGCAACUUGAAAAAUUCAAACAAGCAAAGGGGCUCUUUGGUAUUGAAGCUGCCAUACUAGCCAGAGAUACCAAACAGCCAGCUGAAUGGUGGGACUCAUAUGGAGAUGAUUGUCCUGAAUUGAAAAAAUUUGCUAUAAGAAUAUUGAGCUUAACAUGUAGCUCAUCUGGUUGUGAAAGAAAUUGGAGUGCGUUUGAAAUGGUACAUUCAAAAAGGAGAAAUCGCUUACACCAGAAAAAAAUGAAUGACUUGGUCUUUGUUAUGUACAACUUGAAGAUAAAACAAAAAAGAGCUAAACCAUUGAGUACAAAAGAAGAAAUUGGUUUGGAGAAUUUGUCUUCUGAUGAUGAGUGGUUAGCAGCAGAUUCUGUAGAUUCAGAAGAUGAUAGUGCGGAUUUUAAUGAAGACAAUGAAGGUGAUGAUGAGGUUUCAAGAGUUGCUGCCAAAGGAAAAAGUGUGCUAGUUCAUGAUGUUAGUGAUGAAUUUCCUGAGAAUGAUGAUGGUUCUGAUGAUGAUGAUAGUGAUCGGCCCCCACCUGGAUUUGAGAGAGUUAGGGAUUUCGAUGAUUACGCCAUGGAUGUUGAUACUAGGAAGGAUAUAGAUGAUGAAAUGAGAUAUGACAAUGAUAGUGACUAGAUUAGAAGAACUUUAGAAUGAGAAUUCUCUUUUGGAUUUUAUAUUUGUA